AUGAUAAUAUGUUUAGGUCCACUUUGCAUCCCAAUAUGGAAUAUUGUUCUGUUCCUAUUUGCUCUAAUCGGCCCAUUAACAAGGUUUUUUAAGAAGAUUUUCUUUAGAAAAGACUCAAUUGGAGAAGACCAUGGUGGAUUAAGAAUGAUUAAUCAUGGAAAGAUCCUAGAAGAGAACGAUCUGAUUAAAAUUGGCCUGGAGCCUCAUUUUGUAAAGGAAAGUUAUGAGAAAAUCUUGAAAAUAGUGCAAUCUCAUACUUUUUUUGAGCUUGAAAGCAUUAAUGAAUGGGAAAUUUGUAAACUUUUGGGAAAGAAUUUGGAGUUACCCAUAGUGAUAGAUUACUACGCAGAUUGGUGCAACCCAUGUAAAAAAAUCUCCCCCAUUUUUAAUAACUUAUGUAAAGAAUAUGAAGGUAUAUUUAUAAAGAUUAACUACGAAAAUCAUAAUAAUUUUUGCAAUGAUAUGGGUGUUCUCAGCCUUCCAACUUUCCACUACUGGGUAUUGACUGAUAAUUCCUACACCUUAGUAGAAAAAUUGGAAAGAUCAGACCCUAAAGAAUUAGAGAACCUACUAGUAAAAAGUAAAUUUAAAAAUAUAAAAUAA